CGGCCUCCUCCUCCGCUAUCCUAGCGGCGCGGGGCUGGUCAGGGAACACAGCGCAACACAGCGGCAGCCGGAGCCGAGGAGCGUGCGGAGCCGGCCAUGGGCAAGUCAGCUUCCAAGCAGUUUAAUAAUGAGGUCCUGAAGACCCACAAUGAGUACCGGCAGCAACAUGGUGUCCCUCCACUGAAGCUCUGCAAGAAGCUCAACCAGGAGGCUCAGCAGUAUUCAGAGGCCUUGGCCAGCACAAGGAUACUCAAGCACAGCCCGGAGUCCAGUCGCGGCCAGUGUGGAGAGAACCUGGCCUGGGCAUCCUACGAUCAGACAGGAAAGGAGGUGUCUGAUAGAUGGUACAAGGAAAUUGAGAACUACAACUUCCAGCAGCCUGGCUUCACUUCUGGUACUGGACACUUCACGGCCAUGGUGUGGAAAAACACAAAGAAGAUGGGUGUGGGGAAGGCAUCUGCAAGUGAUGGGUCCUCCUUCGUGGUGGCCAGAUACUUCCCAGCAGGGAAUGUCGUCAACCAGGGCUUCUUUGAAGAAAAUGUACUGCCUCCAAAGAAGUAACUUGUCAAAUGUAAUGGGAAGGCGGCAGACUUAAGAACAUGCAUAUGAAGUGCCUAGAACAACAAAAAUUCAGCUGUGUGUCUGUCCUUGUGGGUAUAUGUGCUUGUGUGUGUGAUCCAUGUGCGUGUCUCUUGCACACACACUUGGAUAUACAGUUCUGCAUGACCUCGUUCUUAUCAAAGGAAUGAGCAUAUGAAGCCUUUACCCUGAUGGUUACCUAGACCACCAUUAUUUGGACUUUGGGGGGGGGGAUCAAUUUUUAAACUUUUUUGGUUACUUUUUAAGCAAACUUCUUUUGUACCUUAUAAUAUCCAUUUCUGGACUUUUUGUAUUCCAAAUGUUUGUGAUACUGAGAAGUGAAGUUCAAUUUCUGUGAUAUGCAUGGUAAUCUACUUGUAGAUAUUUAAGACUAUUAAACCCUCAUUUAAAUGUGACAUAAAACACAGCUUUAAACAUAAACAUAAAGCGGCUCCUAUCAGAAACCUGGUGUAGGCAGGGGCUCCAUUUCACAGAAUUACUGAGAUUUCUCAGUUGUAAGACGUGAUGUCAUCUGCACGCCUGCUGGAAUUCUCUAAUGGGAUUGCCAAAGAACAAAUGGAGAAGAAAGCUUUACUUUCUUGCAUUUUUCUACCUUUAAAUAGCAAAGUACCACUACCACCACCCCACCCUUUCCCUGCCACCGCCCCCCCCCCAAAAUUUUUUCUUAAAGUUCUCUGGCAUUUCAGAGCUCAAUAUGCACCCUGGGGGAUUGGGCCAGGCCUGAAACUCACCCCUCCCCCACCUCUGCUAGGUGGCCCAGGGCCUGUUCUGGGAGAGAGCCCCUCAAACUGCCUGGGCUCCUGGCCAAGCGGCCUUGGAUGGAUGAAGUCAGUGAGCAUGGGGGUAAGGGUGAGCUCACUCAGGGCCCCCAGAGGAAGCCCUCCAGCCUCUGCCCUCCCCCUGACACACAGGGUGGGAGCCCAGGCUGUUCCUGGCAGCUGUGGCUGCAGCUGUGCAGCUGCACCCUCCUGGAAUGUGUGACAGGCCCAAAUGUUCCUGGGAAAUAUCCCAUGUGGGGCUUACAGUCACUACUUUGGUUCUGUGUUUUGGCUCAAACUGCACAAAGUUCCCCUGAAUAGCAAUUUCACAUGAUCCACGUGGGAGGGACCAACCCCAAUGCUAAGCUGAGUACCCCUGAAACCAUGGCAUCUCUAGAUGGUAAGAUAAAGAUAACAGGGGUAGGAAUUGGGGUGUGUGUGGGGGGGGCGUGGGUACCUGCUUAAAGGCUAGAGCCUGAGCAGGCCAAUCUCUGAAACUUGAUGCUUCCUGAAGGUUUAUGUUGCACUGUGAACACAGUCUCAUGCUGUGCCCUUCAUUUCACCCAGGGAUAUCGACUAGGACAACAAUAAAAUCUUUUUCUUUUGUGUAAUA